AUGUGUUCUCUUCUUCUCUGUUUGUUUUUAUUGAUAUUUACCAUUUUUAAAAAGCACGAUUUCCGUUUUAAAGCUUCUGAAUUUUUUGAUUUGGAAAUUUCUUUUAGCGUGCUUUCCGUUUUGGAGCUUACUACUUACGUCGUUUGCUCUGCAUUUUUAGUGUUUUAUCACAGAAUACCGUUGUUUUAUAUUUUAAUUAUGAGUGCAAAAGUAAACAGAGCAAAAAAUUAUACUCUACCGGAAAAACGUUAUUUACUCAAACUGGUUCUAAAAUAUAAGGCUAUAAUUGAAGACAAAAAGACUGAUAAGUUAAGUUGUGAAAGAAAACAGAAUGUUUGGAGAAGAAUUGAAGAUGAAUUCAACGCAUCCAGUCCAAGUUUCAUAUUUAGAUCGGCGGAUUGUUUAAAGAAAGCCUACGAAAAUAAAAAAAAGGAAGCACGUAAACAAUAUACAAGUGAAAUGUUAACUGGUGGUUCUGAUAAUACAGAGAAAGACGAAUGUUAUAAGAUCCUGCUAUCUAUUAUAAAUGACAAAGCAAUUAAUGGCAUGAAAUCUGAAUUUGAUAGUGAUAGUGUACAAUAUACUACUCCAUCCACAUCCAAUGAUGAACAAGUUUUUGAAGAUGAGGAUGCAACAAUGGACCUGAAUGGAGUCUUCAAUAAUAGGGAGGUGUUGCAAAUUAGAGCGGACAAUAAUUCAUCUCAUUGGAGCAAGUACACUCCAACACAAUUAAAGAGACCAGUUUCAGAUAAUCUGACAACUACCACAACAGGUCCAUACAGAACUGCAAGAGAAAGAUUUCUUUCGAGUCUGCGUACAGAAAUUCCAGAAGAAACAGAGACAAUCCCUUCAAAGCGACCAAAUCUUCAACAAACUAUUGGAGGCCAACCAGGUAGAUCAACAACUACUAUUAAAGUUCAAUCCAAUUCAGCUAUUGCCCAAAAAUAUGAUUUACUAAUGGACAAAAGAUUACAAAUUGCAAAUCUACAGAUAGAAGAGUUGACAAGAAAUUUGGAGAGAGCCGAAGAAGAGCACGAGUUGAAAAAGACUAAAAUGAACUUGGAAAUCGAAAAAUUAAAACAAGAAAUUCAAUUAAACAAAAUAAAAAAUAAGAGAUGGGCCUGUACCACCCUCGGAAGUAUCGAGGCUAGCAGAGUACUGUCAGAGAAGAAAUCUGUCAUUGCCACAGUAUUACAUGUGGAAGCAAAGACACCAAUCGAAGAGGAAAGUCAUUUGUUGUAUACAUCAGAUUUGUAUAGCUGA